UGCUGAGUGCUCUCGGGACCCGGAGGUGGACAUCGUGAUCCGCAAUUCCAGGCAUGUACAAAUACCCGCGCUUCACCCCACUCCUGAAGAGAAGACCGGUACCUACCCCUCCGUACGAUCAUAAUGGCACGUUUAUACGCCCUUCUGGGUCUCCUAUCGCUGGUCUUCCCAGCCAGCGCAUCCACAGAUGAUUGCCGCUCCUUUCCCGGCGACGCUGACUGGCCUUCCACGAAGGAAUGGGCCACUCUAAACAAAACCGUGUCUGGCCGUCUCGUGGCGACGACACCAAUCGGGUCUCCUUGCCAUGAGCCCAACUACGAUGCCGCGGCCUGUGCCUUGAUUCGCGAGGGUUGGCACGAUCCAACCUUCCACGACGAGUCAUCAUCUUCCAUAAUGGCGCCCGUAUGGACAAACCGUUCAUGCGAUCCAUUCACAUCGACGGAUUCCCCCUGCAGCCUAGGAAACUACGUGCACUACGCCAUCAACGUGACGAAGCCCGCGCACAUAGCCGCCGGAAUCCGCUUCGCACGCAAACACAACGUGCGCCUGGUGAUCCGGAACACAGGACACGACUACCUGGGCAAAUCGACGGGCGCGGGCGCGCUAGCGGUGUGGACGCACCGCCUCAAGAAUAUCGAGCACAUCGCGAAGUACAAGGGGGCGCACUCGUGGACGGGCGCGGCGUUGAAGCUGGGCGCGGGUGUUCAGGGGUUUGAGGCCUACGACGUGGCGCAUAAGCUGGGACUGCAGAUCGUUGGCGGCGAGUGUUCGACUGUGGGCAUCGCGGGUGGUUACACGCAAGGUGGUGGGCACAGUGCGCUCAAUUCUCGGUAUGGCCUGGCGGCAGAUCAGGUGCUGGAGUGGGAGGUGAUGACGGCGGACGGUGAGGUGCGAGUCGCCAACCUAAAGAAGAAUAAGGAGCUGUAUUGGGCGUUGUCUGGUGGUGGCGGAGGCACGUACGGUAUUGUCACGGCGAUGACCGUCAAGGCGCACCCCGAUUCCGUGACGACGAUGGCCAAGAUCUCGUGGACACACGAUGGGAGCGAAGAGCAGGUGGCAAAGUGGUGGGAAGCUGUGGCUUUCUUCCACUCCCUUACACCUGGAUACACCGAUGCAGGGGCAUUCUCGGUCGAUGUGUAUUUCACUGGCUCGUUCUCGUUGAAUCCAUGGUUCGGCCCAGGGUUCACAGCCGAGGAGGCAAACGCGCAGCUGGCCCCGCUUGUCGAGAGGCUGCAAGAGCUGGGGCUGCAGCACACCGUCAACAUCACCGAGUUUAGUGGCUAUCUGCCUGCCUAUAACGCCGCAUUCGACUACAUACAAGUGGGAAUCGCGCAGUACGGCGGACGGUUGAUUCCACGGUCACUCGUAGUGAACGAACCGCAGCGACUACAGGAGACGCUGAAGGGUAUAAUCAAUUCCGGCUCCCUCAUCUUUGAGGUUACAACGCACCCGACGCUCGAAAUAGCUGGGUUCCCCGACAACGCAGUUCUCCCAGCGUGGAGAGACAACCAACUCAACCUUGUGGUUACGAUUCCGUGGAAUGAUACCGCAACCCCCGCCUCCAUCAUUGCAGACCAGCAAACAAUCACGAACAAAUGGGGUGGUGCGUUGCGCGAGCUGGUACCAGACUCGGGGGCAUAUAUGAACGAAGGGGAUCCAUUCGAGCCGGACUUCAAAAAGGAGUUUUUUGGCAUCAAUUACGAUCGCUUGCUACGCAUCAAGGACAAGUAUGAUCCCGACCAGAUUUUCUACGCGAUUACUGCGGUUGGGAGCGACAGGUGGGCGACCAGAGAGGAUGGGAGACUGUGCAGGAAUGAUGAAGGGAAAUUGCAAAGUGCCGUAGGGUUGUAGUUAAGUGGGUAGGCGGGUUUACGAUCGAAGGAGAUAGAAGCUACAAGUGGCGCCAAUUGAUGUCAAGAUGCUUCACAUCGGAACGUCCAAGAUAUAUAUCCGUCCC